GUCUCGUCUCGCUGACUUCAUCUUUUCUGCUUGGUGCAUCACUGUGGACUCUUCGGUCAGCUCCCACCAGCGCCAGCCCAGGAACAAUCCUCGUCGAUUCCCAUUUCUAAUCUACUCAUCUUAAACUGUGUGAUUCGCGAAGAUUUUGUGCUGCACUCGACACAGUGAGCCGAUCAUUCAUUUAAUCAUUUAUAUUCGGUUUUCCCUGAACAUCAACCCUACGAUUUUCAUCUUCUCCAACCUAUUCUCCCAAACACAGCCCUUACAGACCUUUGGUGUGUGAGAAAGCCCGCUCUUUUCAACUUAAAGAAAAGAUUUUGAUACAGCUCAGAACUCAGAAUCGCUGCUCGGGGUCUUCCUUUGAUUGCUUGGAGAUGUUGCCCAGAGUUUUCCAUGCCGAUGAUGGCAAGGAUUUAUCUCCAAAGUUGCAAUCCAGAUUUUUUAUUUCAAGUGUCAUGAAGUGCUUUCUGCCAUUUUUUCUUCUGGCUUCUGCUGCUUCGUUCUUUGGUUAUCGGUACUACGAUUCUCCCAAAACAGUUUUGCGGACUUCGAGCCCUCUGGUUUUUCCAUGUGUCAGUAAGGAGCCGAGUGUUUUUGACCGUUGGAUUAAGCCGUCUUCGAGCCUGAUGCAUAAUAUGAGUGAUGAGGAGCUUUUCAGGGCCGCUAGCUUUGCGAAAGAGUAUCCAUUUAAUGGAGUCCCAAAGGUGGCUUUCAUGUUCUUGACCAGAGGGCCUUUGCCUCUUUCUCCACUUUGGGAGAGAUUCUUCAAAGGGAACGAAGGUCUUUAUUCUAUCUAUGUUCAUUCUCUGCCAGGCUACAAAGCCAGUUUCCCUCCUGAAUCUGUGUUCUACAACAGGCAAAUUCCUAGCCAGGUAACAGAGUGGGGAAAAAUAAGCAUGUGCGAUGCAGAGAGGCGGCUUCUCGCAAAUGCGCUGCUCGACCUUUCCAACCAAUGGUUCGUUCUUCUCUCCGAGUCAUGCAUUCCUCUCCACAGCUUCAGUAUAAUCUACACUCACCUAAAGGAAUCAAACACCAGCUUUGUGGACUCCUUCGAUGACCCCGGUCCUCAUGCAAGGGGAAGAUACAUUCCACAAAUGGCACCCCUCAUCAACAUCAGCCAGUGGCGCAAAGGUUCACAGUGGUUCGAAGUCGAUCGAAAGCUUGCUGCUCAUAUGGUGCAAGACACGAAAUACUACUUAGCUUUCGAGGCGUUCUGCAAACCGCCAUGCUAUGUCGAUGAGCAUUAUUUCCCCACUCUGCUUCACAUUAUGAGAUCAAGUCUGAUAGCAAACAGGAGCAUCACUUUUACAGAUUGGUCUAGGGGUGGCUCUCACCCUGCCACAUUUGGGGAGGCUGAUGUAUCUGAAGAAUUCUUCAAGAGAAUUCUUGAUGGUCAGGAUUGUUUGUAUAAUGGUCAGCGUUCUUCUGUUUGUGUGUUGUUUGCUCGGAAAUUUGCUCCCAGUGCGUUGCAGCCUUUGCUACACUUAGCUUCCUCUGUACUUGGAUUUAGAUGAUCAAGAUGACGAAUACAUUUGUUAUUAACUUUCAGUGGAGCUUAUGCUCUACCUUUGUGAUCAUUGAAUGAGUUUGUUUUGAGGGGAUUA